AUGGAUAGCCGUAACAAUUUAUUCAGAUUCAAUCUCGCCCAAUUGAAGUUUCCAAAGUCCCAAAAAUUGAGAUCCUUUGGUGUGUACUUGGCUGGGAUCUUGUUUGCUGUUGGGUUUUGGUCGAUGAUUGAUGCAUCGGUGUAUUCCAAAACCGUGAAUGCCUCGACCAUCCACAUUACAUUUGUUGAUUGGAUCCCAUUCAUCUGUUCAACCAUCGGAAUGAUGAUUGUCAACUCGAUAGAAAAGUCUAACUUGUUGAAUGAUCCGAAUAGUUCCUCAUUUUUAUCCACUGGCUCAGGAAAUGCUUGGGCUGCACGGGUUAUUUUAUUUUUAGGAUUCUCCUUAUUAGCUGGCGGAUUAGCAGGAUCCUUCAUGGUUUUCAUAUUGAAGUUCUUGAUGAAGAAAGUGGGAUUUCCUACUUUGGGCAUGGGUGUCUCCAACAUUGUAUGUAACUCUUGUGUGAUGUUCAGUUGCAUUAUUUUGUGGUUAUCGCAGAAUAUCGAAGAUGAAUAUAGCUACAGUUUAGCAUUAUAA